AUGACGGCUGAGAGGAAGCUGCUCACUGACCGUGCUGGCGUGGCCAUGCAGCUUGCGCUGUUGCUCCUCGCCAUCUCGCUCGCCGCGGCCACUGCCAACGCCCGAAAUUCAAAACCAGGGGGAGAUGGGCUCUCGACCUCGUGUCGGAGUAUGGUGGACUCAUCUGCUGUCGAUGCGCCCGCGCGCUCGAGCGAGGGGCGAGAGCCCGGAUGCUCGGCACGGCUCGGAGCCGCGCUCUCUGUCGGCCCUCUGCAGGACAUUGGUACUGCGGCGGUGAGCGCCAUCCACGAGGCGGUUCGCAUGCAUGGCAUGGUGGUAUUUAAAAACCAGGCCCUCUCCCGCGCCGAGCAAGUCGCUCUCACCGAUGUGCUGGGCGAGACCAUCAUCCUGCCGCGGUCGUUUGAGGGGCAGGACACAAACGACCCAGAACCAGGCCACCCGGCCAUUCAGCGCGUUUCUACCCACUGGGCCAACGGAACGUGGAAAGGCAGGCACCACUCCUUUGGAGCGUACUGGCACUCCGACGGCGACUUCUGGCAGCCGCCCCUUCAUAACGUGCUCUCAAUUCUGUACGCGGUCACAGUGCCCCCCUCCGGAGGCGAGACGGGCUUCGCAGACCUGCGCGAGGCGCGCGCUGCGCUCGCGACCCCGCUGGCCGCGCGUGCCGCCAACGCGUCCAUCACUGCCUCGGUGAGAGACAUAAAUGACUUCGCCGGAGGCGACGAGGACGACCUGGCGAGGUUUCCGGUGGCGGAGCACAAGAUUCUCAACCGACACCUCGACGGCGGUUCGCUCCUCUACGUGGGCUCUCCGAGCGCUAAGGUGGUGGGCGCCGAGGGCGAGGGUGGCGAGCUGCUCGCGGCGCUCAUGGAUCACGCCGCCAGUCCCCCCUUCACCCACUACCAUGCCUGGGACGCGGGCGACGUGGUCGUGUGGGACAAUACUCAGACUCUGCACCGCAGCUUCCCGUUCGACAACGACGGCAGCUCGCGGCGCGAGCUUUACCGCACUCAGGCCCGUGUGCGGCUUGGACGCGGGCAGGGCUGGCCAAGGAGAGACGAGCUCUGA